AUGCUGAGGUCUAAACCAUCCGCUUCAGACACAGUUCAUUGCUUUGGGUUUGGAAAGCUGUGUGUCGGAGGGCGGAAGCAGUUUGGUUUCCUGGCCUGUGUUCCAGUGAUCGGGGAGAAGGAGCUGGUGCAGGCUGAUGACGAGCCCUCGCUGUCCUUCCACAACGGGGCCUUCAUGAGCAUGACCAACUGGAACGGCUGCCGGGUGACAGUGAAGGCGCUGCAGUCUCACGAUGCGCUGCUGCCUUACAGCAAGAGCCGCUUCAUGGACCUGCUGACAGCAGAGCAGGAGUACUGUAGUAAUCUGUUCCACCCUCACCUGCUGCAGCUGCUGGCUGUGAGUGUGUCUGCAGACCUGGAGCAGACCCAGCUGGUGUUUGAGAGAGUGCACAUCGGCUCCCUCUACAGCAUCCUGCACCAAAGGCGGGACCAGUUCCCUGUGCUACGCUUUGAGGCCCUGCUGCACCUCCUCCUGCAAGUCUCGGAUGCGCUGCUGUACCUGCACUGCCGCGGCUUCAUCCACCGCAGCCUCUCCUCGCACGCCGUGCAGCUGGUGCACCCGGGGGUCGCCAAGCUCACCAACCUGCACUUCAUGGUGCACAGCAGUGACGGAGGGGCCAGCAGCGACCCCACUCGCCUGCCCAUCCCAGCGGAGCUGUAUAACUGGGCUGCCCCGGAGGUGAUCAGAGGCAGGCCCUGCACUGUCAAGGCUGACCUCUACAGCCUGUGUGCACUCAUUCAGGAGCUCUGCACAGAUACGCUGCCCUGGGGCGGUCUGGAAGCCCCGAUGAUUAAGGAGUUGCUGGAGGGUGGCCACGGCUUGGCUGCAGACACCCAGGUCCCCCAUCCCUACUACGAGGUGGUGAGGAGCGGGCUGCAGCUCCGGGUCCGGGAGCGCACAGGGAGCCUGCAGGACAUCCGCUACCUGCUGCGCAAAGACAUGCAGGAGCUGAGUUGUCGGAAGGGCGGUCUGUACCCGGAGACGGACGUGCUUCUGGGGCCCAGGGGGACGGGGCUGGAGACACAGCAGAACAGAGUGCAGGAAGAGAUCGGCUGUUAUGCCACUGGCCAGAACUCCAACCUCAGCUCCGAUGGAGGAGACAUAGGGGACCCGAUGCAGCACAGCAACAGUGAAAUUCUCCGUUACUUGUACCAACUGGACCAGCUGCUGGAGUGGGAAACUGACCCGGAGGGAGCAGCCAAGGCAGGGGGGACUGGGGACACGGACUGGGCAGCACAGAACACGACCGUGACUCCCUCUGCCCCAGCGAGUGACCUGUCUAUCCACGAGAUCCUGCCCCUGGACCCCACCAGACUCUCCCUGCAGCGUGGCUCAGACACAGACACGGGGGCCAGCAGGGAGGUGACCGACUCAGACUUCACCGUGACGGAGGACGAGAGUGAAGGGGAGGACGGGAGAGGCAGCCCAGAUCGGCAGCAGGGAGAGGGGCAUGCCAUCAGCACCUGUGUCCUCAACCUCAAGGUCUCCCAGGUCCUGAAGCAGCAGGCAGAGCACAGCUUGCUGAAGGAGAAGAGAGCCAUAGGGACACAUGAGAUAUCAGGAACUGAGUUCAGAUCAACACCGGGGAGAAAGAGGGAGAGUUACUCAGGCUUGGGAGGGAGGCAAGGACAGCUUGAGCGUUAUUCAGCCCAGGGUGAGAGGCAGGGAGGGGCAGGUUGGGGUAGGGUGGGCCUGGAUGAAGUUGACUACCGGUGUAACGUGACAGACAGGGAGGGGGAGGGGUUAGGUUGGCUGGCUGAUGAAGUGCAGAGCUGCCGGGUUGAACCGGCAAGCUCCCUCUACCCCAGCAGUAAGCGAAGCUGUGCCCAGGCUGUGGCCCCUCCUCGGCAGUACCAGCCCCCCAUUCGUCUGAGUGGCAUACACAGCGAGGGGGAAAUCCACCCCCUCACAUGGAAAAGCCAGCUCCUCCGGGAGACACACAGCGAUCUGCCGGUAACCGCGAAGAGUCUCAGCGAUGGGCUGGGGGGCUCUGAGGGGCUCAGCGAGGGGGAGGACUGCAGUGAUUACAGCUCAGCGCUAGAAGACAGCUUUGUGACCGUCCGCCGCAAGGCUGACAGAGGGAGUGUAGUGACAAGAGAGGCAGGAGGCAGGCAGCAGUUAAAAGAGCAGGUCUAUACCAAGAGAGGGGGCUCCACUAACAGGACUGAGGGCAGGUACAGCAGCCAGCACUGA